UAUGACGCUACUAUAACUGAACCUCCCCAAAAUGAUCCUCACCAUGAAAACAUCUUAUUAUCUAUAGAAACUAAAGAUUUUAUAGACCAGGGCAAUACUGUACUUAAAUUAGAAUGCUUUCAUUCAAGAUCUGCUCAACACCUUACUUCUACUACUACUACCAUAAAAAAAGGAUCAACCCUCUUUAUGAAUAGUGACCUUACGAUUGUUGAUGACACCUAUGUUGUUCAUCUUUAUGGUAUGAACUUUUGUGAAUACCAGAAAUCUAUUAUAAACACGAAAAAUUCAACUAAUCUCCUGUGGUUAAAUAAGUCAAGUAAAGUACCAAAAAAAAAAGAAUCAAGUGAAUCUCCAGAAAAAGAUACACAAAACGAAUUACCAAAAAAAAAUAAUUUAGAUAAACCUUUGGCAAAUGAAACUUCAGGUUCUGAAAAAGUUGCACGUACAGUUGCUUUGAGAGUUAAAGGUAGUAGGCAAAAAAAAUCAACUAAGACUAAACCGUACUUCAGGUUAAAUGAAUGA